UGAUUGCAUUUCCAACAGAGGAUAACAGUCGGAUUGAUUUGUCUUGUUUAUUCACAACUAUAUUAUUUAUUUAUCACCAUUUUAUCCUUUUCCUUUUCCCUUCAAUUCACACUAUACUCUAUACAGGCAGGUGUUACACAGUGAUAAGGAAGAGCUGGCGGAGACAAGCAAAACGCAUAUGCCAGUACGCAGGUCACCAUCGAUUCAAUAGCUCUUAUCCACUCAAGCACAACGAAAAUUGGUCUUAGCACUCGACCCCAUCCUCUCUAAUGUCGAAUGUCGCGGAGGUCUGCAACACCUGGCAAGUCGACAAGCAAUAACCACACCGAUACUCCCAACUCCUCCCAAACACGACCUCGGAGAAGUCACCUUUCAAUUUCCUGGUAAAAGGGAACGUUGAUCGCAUAUAAAAGCUGGAGAAGGUCUUUGAGUGUAUCAAAUAAUUGAACGAACUCACCACCGUAUCGCAACCAAGCUAUCUGAGCCAUUCCUUCUUGUACAUAGCAUCGAUCAAUUCAGAGCUACAGCCAUUUAUUGCUUUAAGCCACUUUGGCACAAUGGAUGGAGACCGGUAUUCACGGCCGCUAUCUGAUGACCUACAGCAUUCUGAUUUGAGGCCUUCCGAUCCAUCCCUAUAUUCUAAUCAGGUGCAAACAUACCCUCGAGAAAGCUGGCGAGAGCCCAACAUGGCAUUUCAAUACCCUUCUGGCCCCAGCUCCUAUCGUCAUCAUCCUUCUUCAUGGCCCCCGUCUUCUUCUUCCAGUCCCAGUUCAAGCUUCGGGCGUGAGACACGAUUUCCCCUACCCAGUUCUGGCCGAUCAUCUUAUCUGGCGCCUCCUCCUUUGGCCCCAUAUGUAGCUCCAAGCACUGGACGUUUCGUUCCUCCUUUUCAUGAGCAACCUCUGAAUUCCGAUGACCGGCAUCCCACGCUUCGAGUGGAUGGACACUCAUCAGCAUUUGUCCAACGUCCUUCUCCAGAACAUGGUGCUACAGCUGCUGAGGGGGAAUCUCAUUCUCUCCCCCCGCUUAGAUCAGCUUCAGGAUCAUAUUCUUACGAAAAUACAGCUUAUAGCCCUCGCACCGGGGAAGCGUACUCAAGUUCACAAAAGCCUACAAUGACGCAAUUCUCAAAAUUGACUACUGGUGAACAAGAGAAGGUUAAUGCAGGGCUGCCGCCGCCACAUGAAGUGGAAGUCAGCCCUCAAGGCUGCCAGUCAGAGUUGGUCACUUCAUCUACCUCCGAAAGGACGAGGACUGGGAGAACACGACCUGAUUCCCUUGCCAACACUGCAAAUCAGUCGAUACAGCAAGCUCCAGCUACGUUCAGCUCAUAUUGUCGUCGAACAAAAUCACGCUCACUGUCUCAAUCCUCUCAACCAUCUCAAAAUUCUCGUCUUUCGCAUCAAUCGCGGCGUUCUUCCCAUUCUCAGGCAGAGCCCAUGAGUCGCGAAUAUUCGGUGUCGAGCAACGAGUCUAGUCACGCAGCAGGAUCUGCUGCUCCUUCUGAAGAUCUGUAUAGUAAAAAGGCUCCCUUACCUGGGAAGAGGAGAGGGCGAGAGAAGAAAAAGCGAACCCGAGCGCUUAUGACCCAUUUGCAGCAGGCCGGCCUGAUGAGAUUGUGGAAAAAGACCAAAUUCCCAACCAGUGGCGACAGAGAAGCUCUUGGGCAAGAGAUUGGAUUGACAUCGCGGCAAGUGCAGGUAUGGUUUCAAAAUCAGCGACAAAAGAGUCGGAAAGCUUUGCUGGAGAACGGUGGUAUCCCGGAAGGCGAAGAUCCUGCGGACUACGAAGAUCUUCAAAAAUCUCCUCGUUCUCGCCGCCUUUCAAUGGAUCGGGAAGAAAAUGUUCUCCCUUGGAUCGGAGUCAGAAAUGAACCAAGUGGGUCUGCCUAUGACCGCACAGGUGCAAAUAUAGGUCUACAAUCUGAAGAUCAAAAUCUUCAUAAGCCCAAGGGUGGUCUUGAUCCAUUGAAUGAGCUUUCAAACCGUAAUUCUAUGUCACCCCACAGGCGGUCGAGGUAUUAUAGCGGUGCCGACUCCUAUCCGGCUCACCACGUAACUUCUUCCAAUCCGUAUCAAUCUCCCAGACCAUUGCGUCCCCACACCUAUCCUUAUCAUCAUCCGCCACCGUUUCCCUCAACGAUUUCGUGGCAACAUGCACAAUACCCUUCUGUUUCCGAAUCUCCUAGAUCCACUACAGGAUCAUUCUUUUUUGGCGACUCGCACUACUCGCACAUACCUUAUGAUGCCUCUGCGCUUCCGGGGGGGCAUAGACGGACGAGUGAAGGGACAUCCAGCUCGCAGACUACCAUGGUAUCGCAACCGUUUGAGCCACAACCUGCUAGAACGCAACAACGCAACGAACAUUUGUACUAUCGACGCCGCUCUGUUUGUCCCGAGCAUCUCAGCACAGUUGGAUCACCGAUUGGGGUACCGAGUUCCAUGCCGGCCACAUCUUCGCAUGCAACCUUCAUGCGUGGUGCCGAUGCCCCUUCAUUUUCGGGACAGGCCAGUGCAUGUUCGGACUCGUCAGAAUAUUCAACACGACCUCGUUCAAAUACAUGGCUAGGUUUACCUCCUUUAAGGAAGCAUCUAAAUUCCUCUCAAGCGACAGACGCUGUGGCAUCUCAUCUACCUCCGACCUUGGCACGAGUUGCCAUUUCAGGCCCUAUUGAUGGUAGUGAGGAGUUGCCGGCUAUCGCGUUGGGGAUGACGAUGGACAAGGAUCCCCAUACUUUCGUUACAGGAGAAGAGGCUGGGUCUCCCAGAAAGAGAUCGAGUUUCUGGGGAGCUGAAGGUCGUCGGGUCAGAAGCCGAGGAAGGGAAGUAGAGGGAGACAAUAAGGUUUCCGUCAACUGGGACACUGCUCCACUGUAAAGCGGCGUGGAGGUCUCUUUAAAGCUCCUAGCCACUCAAUUGCUGAUAGCUAUAUACUGCUGUGUGUAUAGUCACCCUUUGUCACUCAACAUCAUAUCUGUUUACGUCGUCAUUAUAUGUCCCUGCCAUCUUCUGGCGGUCGGGCACAUGCCAUCAUCAUCCACAUCCACUUAUAAUUGAACUUCUUUUGUCGACGGGAUUUUCGUCUACAGUAACUUUCGAACCGGAGAAUUAUAGCAGACAAUCAUUCAAAAGACGCUGCUAUUAUGGUUUGCAGUGAAGGCAAGGGCGGACGCAGAAGCCGGAGGUAGUUGCCCAAGGACGAUAGAUUUUCAUUAUUUUUGGAUUUACAACAAACGUUGGAUAAAGCGCUGUUAUUUCUUAUCGUAAUCAUUGUCAAUUCAUUUUGGUGCGACACGAACCAUUUACGAAUUAUGAAAUACCAUGCAUAUGAUCUUCGU